CUUUGCCUCUCUGCCCCUUCGCAUCUCUGCCUUUUCCCAUCCCUCCCCUUUCCGUCUCAGCUCCUUGCGUCUCUGCCCCUGUUCACCCCCUGCCCCUCGUCCCUUCGCAUUUCUUCCCCUUUUCACCCAUCUCUGCCUGCUUGGGUCUGAUCCCUUUGGGUGUCUGCCUCCUGACACCCUCCAUUUCACCAUCCCCCCAUACGCCCCUUUUCACCCCCUUCCUUUUGCCUCCCCGCCCCUCCCCGCCUUGCUGCCUCUCUGCCUUCUCCAUCCCGGCUCCUUUGCACAUCUCCUCCAGGGCCCCCCCGGUUCCCCUCAACCUCUGGGGCAGCCUGCAGUGGCUCCGUGCCGCUCACCCCUCUCCAGCGCCUCCAACACCCCCUUAACCUCUUCCCCUCCCUACCUGCCCUCCCGCCCUCUCCUGCGCGCCCCGGGCCCGGCCGCGGAGCCUUCCGCGAUGCCGCCUCCUCCGCGGCUGCUGCCGCUGCUGGUGCUGAGCUUGGGGCUGGGGGGACGGGUGGGAGGCGGGGGCGGCUGCCAGCUGCCGACAGAGUGGCGGCCGCUCAGCGAGGGCUGCCGAGCCGAGCUGGCCUCGAUCAUCGUCUAUGCGCGGGUGCUGGCGCUGCACCCCGACCCCUACGGCGCUUACAACUACCUGCCCUGGCAGAGGGGCCCACCCGCCGGCCCCCAGCAAGGAGCGGAGGGACUCUUUUAUUCGGCCGAGAUCGAACUGCUGUGCGACCAGGCGUGGGGCAGCAUGCUGGAGGUGCCCGCCGGCUCCCGCCUCAACCUCACCGGCCUCGGCUACUUCUCCUGCCACUCGCACACCGUCAUGCAGGGCUACGCUUAUUUCUUCUUCCUGCGAAUGGAUGAGAAUUACAUCCUCCUGCCACAUGGAGUCAACUUCCAGGAGGCAAUCUUCCCAGACACCCAGGAGAACAGAAGGAUGUUUGCCAGCCUUUUCCAGUUUUCUAACUGCUCACAGGCACAGCAUGCCUCAAGUUUCUCCAGUGACUGGGAGAUUCAAGAGGACAAUCGGCUUAUGUGUUCCUCAGUCCAGAGAGCCUUGUUUGAGGAGGAGGACAGAGUGAAGAAGCUGCAGCAGAAAGUGGCGACGCUGGAAAAGCGCAACAAGCAGCUGCGAGAUCGGGUGAAGAAAGUCAAGAGGUCUCUCCGGCAAGCCAGGAAAAACACCAGGCAUGUGGAGCAGAUGAAUCGAAAGCUCAGUGAGAAACUUUCCUCUGCAGGUGGUCAAAUCCCCUACAUUAACUCCUUGAAGCAGGAGAACUCUCAUGCUACCUACCUUAAAGUAUAAUGCAAGGGUAAGUGCUCAGGCCAACAGUAACAGUGAGUUUUGCCUGCAUUAGGUCAGGAUCUGGCUCUCACACUUUGUCUGCACUGUGCUUCAAAUCUUGCAUGGAAAAUGAAUCUGGACUUGCUUUAAACACAGUGCUAGAUUAAACAGAAAGGCAAACUGUGGUGCUGCAGACACAGCCAAAAAGCCAUAUCCUCACUGCCCUUGGUGGAUGUAGGGCCAGAUGAUAAUCUGUGGUUCUCUGCCCUCACUGACCCCCACCUCCAUCACCAGUUUUAGAUUGUCUUUGAUGAAAGUGCUGGUUCAGUCCCAUGGGCCAUUGCAGGCACUUGACACAGGAGCUCAUCUUGGAAAGUCCUGGUGCCAGUUUACCUCCACCACGUGGGCUGGGUGAGCCAGGUCAGAGGGGUAUAUGGAGAUGGAUGUUGUAGGAAGGCAUGAGUGCUCUUUGCUCUGUUAUGGUUGAUCUUUGCUCUAUCAUCACCCCCAAGCUCUCAACCUCCCUUAAGCUUGAUUAAAGUCUGCAUCCAGUGUCUGAACAAAGACUAUGUCCAGGACACUGUCAGUUUGGACCCUCUUCAAAGUGAAGUGUAGAUGUGCCCAAAUUGUCUUAAGACUGAUUAUAAAUAUCCCUAAAUAUACUAAAUAAAAUACCUAAUAUUUUUUAUUUUCCCAGGAAGUGCCUCAGUGGUCUCUAACUCUCUCAGGUGCCUUCAUCAUUGCCCAUCCAAGAGAGUUUUAAUUAUAUCAUUUUGGAACUGUAACUAGGACCUAAUCCACCUCUUGCAAUCAGGAGAGGGUGUAGCCUUCCUGUUAGUGGGUACUGGAUCAGGCCCAGCGGACAAUUUCAGAUCCUGUUUUCAAGCAGGUUUAAUUUGCAGUGUGGAUAAGGCUUCAAGUUUUGUAAUCACUGUUUGAGGUAUAAUGGAGGUUGCUGGGCAGCCCCACAUAGCCACUCAGAUACUGUAGAGACCGCAUCAAUAUCUACAGGGCAUUAAAAAUUAAGGUAGUUUAUGUAUGUAUAUAUUUUAAAAUCCUAUGGAAAAUAUUUUUAUUACACAUUUGAUAUAGUCUACUUUCUUUAAAUAUGAAGCAAAUCCUGUUUGUUGGUUAUCUCAUUAAA